GCCCAAGCAGCAUCCGCCCCUCCCCAAGUGCUGGGUGAGGCUUGGGACCAGCUAAAGGCCCCAAGCAUCUGUGGGUAUUGUGUCAAACCAGCCCAGCCUUGCCUAAUCCUGCAGAAGCUUGCUGAUGAAAGCCUUGUGACAAAAGGGGAGAGAGACUGGUCUCAGAGGUGGCUGCACCACCAGCGCCAGGAUACAGCUGAAGAGCGCUCUCUCACUUUGCUGCUCCCUUAAGAGCCUGCCAGGAGCCCCGCCAGCCCCAGGCCUCACACUCAGCCAUGAUAAGGAGAACCUUCCAGGUGGCAAUGAGCCUCGGCAGUCACAGAGUCCUUCCUGGAGCCCCCUGCGUCCUGCCCAGGCUCAACCCCACCUCAGCGUUUGGCUCCUCCACAGACUCCCUGGUUUCAAGAUUCUGUCCGGAGAAGAUGGAUAUGAAGGAUUAUGCCCUUCCCAAUGCCAGUUGGUGUCCAGACAUGCUGAACUUGUACCAGGAAUUUCUGGAGAAGACCAAGACUGAUGGCUGGAUCAAACUGCCCUCCUUCAAGUCCAACAGAGACCAUAUCCAGGGGCUCAAGCUCCCAUUUGGGUUAGCAGUUGCCUCAGACAAAAAUGACUGGCGCAUCUGCACCAGGUGCAUCCAAGAGGAAGGUCAAGGCUACGAGUAUGUCAUUUUCUUCCACCCAUCUGAGAAGAAGUCCAUCUGUCUUUUCCAACCUGGCCCCUACCUGGAGGGGGCCCCGGGGUUUGCACAUGGAGGCUCCCUGGCUGCCAUGAUGGACGAGGUCUUCUCUAAAACUGCUUACCUGGCUGGAGAGGGGCUGUUCACACUCAGCCUCAACAUCAGGUUCAAAAACUUGAUCCCUGUGGGCUCUCUGGCUGUACUGAAUGUUGACGUGGAAAAGAUCGAGGACCAGAAGCUUUACAUUUCCUGCAUCGCCCAGAGCAGGGACCAGCAGAGAGUCUAUGCCAAGUGCUCAGGUGUUUUCCUCCAGCUGCAGCUGGAAGAGGAAUCGUCCCAGUAACAGUCACUGUGCCCUCCAGCUGACUGCUCUGCCCUCUCGGGACCCACUGCAGAGCAGGGAGGGGUCUCCAGGAAGUGACUGGUGAGGUGAAGGAAAGGGCACUGUCCUCUGAGUAAAUAAAGAUUUACAACCUCC